AUGGCAUCUUACCUUCCAGCCACCAUGCAGGCUCAAGUCCUCACCUCCUUCAAUGCGCCCUACGAGCUCACCAUCCUCCCGAUCCCCACUCCAACAGACCAUGACCUCCUCAUCAAGUUUGCCGGCACAAUCGUCUCUGCCGGUCCACUUGCGUUCUCUGCAAUGCCAUCCCUGAGAGUAGGGACCCGCGUUGGUGUCCCAGGCCGAAGCUACCGCCCCUGUACCAAAUGCUGGGAGUGUACAAACAACGAUGACGAUCCUAAGGGAUAUUCAGUUGCCUGUCCGAAAGGAGAAAAUCUGGGUAUCACGAGGGAUGGGGGAUUUCAACAAUAUGCGCUUGUCGACGUGAGGCAGGUUGCCAAGAUUCCUGACGAGUUGACGGAUGUCGAAGCUGCGCCAUUAAUGUGUGCUGGUCUGACGAUAUUUUCGGCAUUGUUGAAAUGCGGGUUGAAGGAGGGUGGGAAAGUGGGAAUCAUUGGUUGUGGUGGGGGCUUGGGACAUUUGGGACUGCAGUUUGGUGUUCGGAUGGGAUUCGAGGUUAUUGGAGUCGAUGCAAGCGACAAUGCCUUGAAGCUUGCCAGGAAUUUAGAGACGAAAGCAAAGAUCUUUGACGCAAGGCUGACGAAAACAGAGGCUUUCCAACAGGGCUUUGAUUAUGGCAUGAAUUUGCUGAGAAACCACGGCAAGUGUGUGGUACUAUCUUUCCCUGCGUCUGGGUUUCAAGUGUCUGCAACGGAUCUGGUUUUCAGAGAUGUCCAGGUUCUAGGAAGUUUAGUGGGGAAAAACAGAGUGCUAAAGCAAAUGUUGGCGUUCGCGGCAGAGAAGAAUGUGAGAGCAGUAACGAGGACUUAUCCAUUGCGAGAGCUCAACGAGUUAGUUGAGGUGUAUAAAGAAGGGAAGGGAGGAAAGUUAGUGAUAGACAUGACACUGUAG